GUCAAGAAAUAGACUGCAGAAGAAACCGCCCAUUAACCAACAUCCGUUCGUUUUCUACAACCACCAUCGUCCGUCUACACACGACCACACCUGUGGAUUUUUGAUAAAUCCACACGUCACAUAUCCCUCCUACCUCCUUCGUCGCCUCUCUCGUGCCUUGAUUCGACACACAGCAGUGUAAAGCUCUCGGCCACCCUGCUUCGACCGAUCUUCCUCUCCCAAUCCUGUCCGUUCAUUCAACAUUAACACAUCCAUCCGCUCUCGCCUCGUCUCUCGUAUCGACGACACUCUUCCAUUCCUCAUUAAUUAACGCAGUUUAAGAAACAUGGUUGUGGAAACGAAGCUAUACGAUUCCCUAAGCAUCCCUCCAACUGCUACUCAGGAUGAGAUUAAGAAAGCCUACAAGAAAGCAGCACUGAAAUUCCACCCGGACAAGAAUAAGAACGAUCCAAGUGCUGGAGAGAAAUUUAAAGAGGUAUCCCAAGCGUAUGAAGUUCUAUCCGACCCUGAAAAACGCAAAGUCUAUGACCAAUAUGGCCUCGAAUUCCUGCUGCGUGGGGGCGCCACAGAGCCUCCUCCUGGCGGAGCGGGAGGCAUGCCUUUCGGCGCUGGUGACAUGCCUGGUGGUUUCGCGAACUUUGGAGGCAUGCCUGGUGGCGGCGGUGCGCGGACUUUCCACUUCUCCACAGGUGGUGGCCCUGGUGGAUUCCACUUCAGCAACCCGGAGGAUAUCUUCUCCAACUUUGCCCGAUCUGGCGGUGCGGGAAUGGAUGACGACGACCUGUUUUCGAUCCUGGGUGGUUUAGGUGGUGGUGCAAGGGGAACUGGGGCAAGGCGUAAAGGUGGUUCAACUGGGACACAGCGAAGGGCACCGACGCCCGAGGUCACGACAGUGGAGCGGCCAUUGCCGCUUUCAUUGGAGGAAUUGUUUACCGGGGUGCAUAAGCGGAUGAAAAUUAAGAGGAAGACUUUUGAUGAAAGGACGGGGAAGAGGAGUGUGGAGGAUAAGAUUUUGGAGUUUGAUGUCAAGCCUGGGUUGAAAGCAGGGAGUAAGAUUAAGUAUACUGGGGUGGGAGAUCAGGAGGAAGGGGGCACGCAGGACCUUCACUUUAUUAUUACCGAGAAAGACCACCCAACGUUAAAACGUGAGGGGGAUGAUCUUAUCACAACCAUCGAAAUCCCCCUCAAAGAAGCUCUAACGGGAUGGAACCGCACAGUAACCACCAUCGAGGGCAAACAGCUGCGAGUAUCCGGAGCGGGUCCGACACAGCCAAACUUCGAGGAGAAGUUCCCAUCCCUCGGCAUGCCAAAAUCGAAAUUCCCCGGUCAACGCGGGGACCUGAUUGUGAAGGUCCAGAUCAAGUUCCCAACUAUACUGACUCAAGCGCAGAAAACGAAGCUGAAGGAAAUCCUAUAACUUCCCUCAGAUCCCCUGCUCUUCUUCUCACCAUCUCCAGCUGCAGGAAUAUUUGGUUUCCCUGUUUCCUUUUUGUUUUUGUUUUUUGUGGAGAUAACGAAAUGACAGCGUUGGAAAAUAGCGAGACAUGGGUCGAAGCAUUUGGCGUUCUUUUGUCUUUCUGCUGUUUCUAUUGUCAAUAUUGACAACAGGGGUUUCAUUCGUAUUAUACAGCGGGAUAUGUUUUCCUCUUUCGAUCCUCCCUUUUAUUUUCUUAUCCUUCUUUCUCUUACCAGCUUUCAUUUUCCCAUUUUUAUGCUCCAAGUAUGAUUCCUCCUCAUUCCCACUCUUCCCUCAAUUAUUAUUCUUUAACGUUCUUUUUGCGA